AUAACAACAAGCUUGGAUUGCACAUGAGCAAUUCUCCGUCCACGUUGAGUCUCCUCGAGUGCGGGAUAUAUAUUGCAAGUAGAGGGUCGUUCAUCCUUUGGCCUCCCCCCAAACCCCCAGGUUUUUUACCUCGACCAAUACCUAUACUAGUAAUGGUUUUCAUUCGAUUUUGGAAGUAUCCGUCUGUAGAUCAACUGGCUCGUAAGGAGUUUGAUCUCGAUAGCGUUAUUGCUGGAAAGACAUAUGAUCCAAUCGGAUUGAAAGAUUUAAACAGCUACUGCCGUUUCGUGGAGCAUUCUUCAGAGAACCUACACUUUUAUCUGUGGUUCCUGGAUUACCGGGCUCGCUUUAAUGCGCUGCCUGAAGGACAAAGUUGUCUUUCUGCCCCAACGACAGUAAAGGAGACUGACGAAAAGUCCAAUGCCGCAUUCGAGGCCACGGAACAUACACUGUCCAUCUAUCCUCUUCACAGUGAGAUAAGAGUCGGGAAAGAUGAAUACGCCAAACCGCCUUCGUUGACUGGCACUGAUGCCUGGCUUUUGGACCCAAGCGCCGACACCAAAGCAGCAACAGAAACGCUCUUUUUGUCUCGCUCUCCGAAAGCCAAACUCCAACCUUUUCGGCGGGAAGUAGAUCGAGCCAUCUCCACGUUUAUACUCACCACAUCCCCCCGUGAACUCAACUUGCCGGGUCGUAUCCGAACCGCUCUGAUGGAAGCCGCAGAAGAAACGACUCACCCAUCGGUAUUUGAGCCCGCCGCACAGCACAUCCGUACCCUCCUCUCCACAACAACGUAUCCCAAUUUUCUAAAAUACGCAUGCUGUAACGCCAAUUACCCGCGCAUGGUGUUUGCAGUGACGCUGACAACCACAUUGAUGCUUGCGGGUUUGUUUACCGGUAUCUGGACGGUUAUGACGGGUAUGCCACGAGCCUACCGACUCUUUGCUGUCCUCUUUUUCUUUUUGGGUGCUUUGAUUGGCGGGUUUAGAGCUGGAUGUAUUUGUAUAUACCUGUUUGGAUGUCGACGACAAGUACGCCCUGACGAGAUGUGGGCCGAUGGUACCUGCCGAAUCAAACGUCCUCGAUUAUGGUGUCUUCGUAUCUUUGAAAAGGAAGUGCGGGUUGAAGAGGGCCGGUUACGGCGGAUUUGUGAUCGGGUCUUUGUUAAUGCAUUGAUAGGUGCCAUUACCUUUGCGGGCUUGAUGGCCGCGAUUUUCUUGAGUUUGCCGAAAGGACACUAUUGACUUGCAUAAACACUUGGAUCGACUGUAGCGCACAACAAUAUAUGGAUCGGAUGUGUAGAUAUUCAUUAGUGUAGUUUUCGUAUCAUAGCUGGAUAGUAUUCGUAGGUUAGUAGCUGUGGUGAGGAUUGCUUUUGCACCGUAUGUAAACAUGUAUAUCGAGUAAUACAGUUCGGAGUUGGUCCAUUUCUUGAACA